CUUCUUUCUUCUUCUCUCUCUCUCUCUCUUCCUUUUCCUCCAUUUUCUUCUUCGUCCGCUGCCUCCUCCUUUCCAUCUUCUUCUCUGUACAAAAAGGACCUCAACCUUUUCGCCUUUCUUAAAUCAUUUCUCCCUCUCUCCUAGGCCUUUUAUCAAACACCUUUCUUGCGCCCCAUUUCUCUCUUUUUCUGCAGUCGCUAGAGAGAGAUGGAAAAGGAGAGUCGAGCUCCAGCAGCAUGCAGAUAACCGCCCACAGCAGUACCACCACAAGCACAACACCCAUCUUCUCCACACACAACCUUUCUUAGCUUUUAUUUUGCUCCCCUAUUUUUUCAUUCUUCUCUGCUGGAGGCAAACAAGGAAGCUUGCCUGACAGGAUCUUGUUCGGCUUUAGAGUGAAGGGAGAAGGAUAGAGAAGGAAGCGCUAGGCUGGAGCUUGUUAAUAACUAGGAUACAAAGCCGGGGAAAGGGGUCCUCUCUUCCGGCUUCCCCCAUUCCUUCGCUUGCCCUUCUUUCUCUUUCUUUCUCUCCCAGAAGAACCCAAAAAAAAAAAAAAAACGAAGGGGGUUUAGUUUUGAAGGGAGAGGAGGUUGGAGACAUUUGGAUUCAAAGUUAUCCUUCUGUCUCCUCUUGCUCUCCACUGUCAUUUCCCCUUUUCCAUUUCCGAGCACUUUUUUCUGUGUUUACGGCAUCUUUCUACCCGUUUCCCUUUGGCUUGGGUUUCUUGGGGGGGUGUCGGAACAAGUGUGGGGGUGUUUGCUGUCAGUUGAAGCCUAGGUGUUUGAUAAAUUGCCUGACUGAAGAAGCGCAUUCACAGAGGAACAGUGAGCAUAGAAUAUAUAUACGCAAAGAUAGAUUAUCAAGUCCGAGAACGAAGAAGAAGGGAAGAGUUCAUGAGUUUUGGAGGGUUCCUUGAGAACAGUAGCCCUGGUGGUGGCGCGAGAAUCGUGGCUGACAUACCGGCCUACGCUACGAACAACACCAUGCCUGCCGGUGCAAUCGUCCAGCCACACCUCCUCUCUCCUAAUUCUUUCUCCAAGUCCAUGUUCAGCUCUCCUGGACUCUCCCUCGCCCUUCAACAACCGAAUAUAGAGGGCGGUCAAGGUGAUAUGGGGAGGAUGAGUGAGAACUACGAGUCAAGCUUGGGGAGGAUGAGAAGCAGAGAAGAGGAGCACGAGAGCAGAUCUGGGAGUGAUAACUUGGAUGGAGGUUCUGGUGAUGACCAGGAUGCUGCUGAACACCCUCCCAAGAAGAAGCGAUACCACCGACACACUCCUCAGCAAAUCCAAGAGCUUGAAUCGCUUUUCAAGGAGUGUCCUCAUCCUGAUGAGAAGCAGAGAUUGGAGCUUAGCAGAAGACUUUCCCUGGAAACCAGGCAGGUCAAGUUCUGGUUUCAAAAUCGUCGAACCCAGAUGAAGACUCAACUGGAACGCCAUGAGAACUCAUUACUCCGGCAAGAAAACGACAAGCUUAGAGCUGAAAAUAUGUCAAUUAGAGAUGCUAUGAGGAACCCAAUGUGCUCCAACUGCGGUGGUCCUGCAAUAAUAGGCGACAUCUCUCUUGAGGAACAGCACCUGAGGAUUGAGAAUGCUAGGCUGAAAGAUGAGCUUGACCGAGUUUGUGCUCUUGCCGGGAAAUUCUUGGGUCGCCCCAUUUCUUCAUUAACAGCUUCAAUGCCGCCCCCUAUGCCAGAUUCAAGUUUGGAGCUUGGAGUUGGGAGCAAUGGGUUCGGUUCAUUGACUACUGUGGCUGCAACAUUACCUGUUGGGCCAACUGAUCAUUUCGGAACUGUUUCUAAUGCUAUGUCUAUAGUUCCUCAAAAUAGAGCGGUGUCCAAUGGAGGAACCGGGCUUGACCGGUCUCUGGAAAGAUCUAUGCUCUUAGAACUUGCUUUGACUGCCAUGGAUGAGUUGGUUAAAAUGGCUCAAACUGAUGAGCCUCUUUGGCUCAAGAGUUUGGAUGGCAGUAGGGAAAUGUUGAACCAGGAAGAGUAUAUGAGAACUUUCACUCCGUGUAUCGGCUUGAAACCAAAUGGGUUCGUCUCUGAAGCUUCUAGGGAGACUGGUAUGGUGAUUAUCAACAGUUUGGCGCUUGUCGAGACUCUGAUGGACUCGAAUCGGUGGGCAGAAAUGUUUCCAUGUAUGAUUGCCAGGACCUCCACCACUGACGUCAUAUCCAAUGGGAUGGGGGGAACUAGAAAUGGCUCACUCCAGUUGAUGCACGCUGAGCUCCAAGUUCUCUCUCCUUUAGUCCCGGUUCGUGAGGUGAAUUUCCUACGGUUCUGCAAACAGCACGCAGAAGGGGUGUGGGCUGUUGUUGAUGUUUCCGUGGACACUAUCCGAGAAACUUCGGGUGCGCCGCCGACAUUUCUCAGCUGCAGGAGGCUUCCUUCUGGCUGUGUGGUGCAAGAUAUGCCUAAUGGCUACUCCAAGGUGACGUGGGUGGAACACGCAGAGUACGAUGAAACUCAAACCCACCAGCUGUACCGGCCGCUGAUCGGCUCCGGCAUGGGCUUCGGUGCGCAAAGAUGGGUUGCCACCCUCCAACGCCAAUGCGAGUGUUUAGCAAUUCUCAUGUCUUCUGCAGUGCCCUCAAGAGACCAUACUGCGGCGAUAACUGCGGGCGGGCGGCGGAGCAUGCUGAAGCUGGCGCAAAGGAUGACCGACAACUUCUGCGCCGGGGUGUGCGCUUCGACGGUGCACAAGUGGAACAAGCUGAACGCCGGGAACGUGGACGAGGACGUGCGGGUGAUGACGAGGAAGAGCGUGGACGACCCAGGGGAGCCGCCGGGGAUCGUCCUGAGCGCGGCGACGUCGGUGUGGCUGCCGGUGUCCCCUCAGCGGCUGUUUGACUUCCUCCGCGACGAGCGGCUGCGGAGCGAGUGGGACAUCUUGUCCAACGGCGGGCCCAUGCAGGAGAUGGCCCACAUCGCCAAGGGCCAGGACCACGGCAACUGCGUCUCCCUCCUCCGCGCUAGCGCGAUGAACGCGAACCAGAGCAGCAUGCUAAUACUGCAGGAGACGUGCAUCGACGCGGCGGGGUCGCUUGUGGUGUACGCGCCCGUCGACAUUCCAGCGAUGCACGUGGUGAUGAACGGUGGCGAUUCGGCCUACGUGGCCCUCCUCCCGUCUGGGUUUGCCAUCGUUCCCGAUGGCCCAGAAGGCGGCGGCAGCGGCGGGUCUCCGUCGGGUGGUGGUGGAGAUGAGAAGGGGCAGAGGGUGAGCGGUUCCCUGCUGACGGUGGCAUUUCAGAUACUGGUGAACAGCCUGCCGACGGCGAAGCUGACGGUGGAGUCGGUGGAGACGGUGAAUAACCUGAUAUCUUGCACCGUCCAGAAGAUCAAGGCGGCACUUCAUUGCGAGAGCUGACGGGAGAUUUGGGUUUUGUUGUUGGUGGUUGAGGUGGAGUAACUUUGGCAAGUGGUGGUGGUGGUACGUUACGCGCGGGAUUAUUAAGCGAGUGGGUUUGGGUUUGGGUUUGGGUGGUGGAGUCAAGAACGAACCAACCGCGUUUGGGUAAACUCCUUGCAUGGUGGUAAGGAUUCCAUGAAAAAAUUUGUGUCCUUAGCACAAGGCAAGGGUGGUGGUUCGGGUAUUGACUCAGGUCUACCCUCGUUUUAAUUAUACUUUUUAAUUAAUUUUGGAAAAUGGAAUAUGCUGCUGCUAAAGGUUAAGGUUUCCUUGAUUUGUUAAUUGUGAUAGUAGAAUUUGUAGUUAUGCAAGCAAAAAACUAUUAUAAGGUUUCAUCAAUUAACUAUUAUGUAAGGGUAAAUUGAAAGGAUGGUUACUGAGAUUACUAAAAACGUUCAUGUUUGGAC